CGCAAGUGACAAUCUGGUGACCUCGACUUGUGUUCGGCAGGACAUUGUCCCUCGUAUUCGGGAGAAGCGAAAGUCUGCAUCAGCACGGCACCAUGGCAGAAAGGCGCGAAACAAUCAAUAUCAUGUUGUCCCGCAUCCGUAUGACAUUGGGUCGCCGCCCAAAUAUGUUCAUUCUUGACUCUCAUAUCUAUCACCGAGUGUAGAAGCCAGCCGUGUAUAUAACAUCUUCUCAGCGUGGAUAUUGGGUAUCAAGUCAAAUAUCAAUCAUGCCGGAGCCGCAAAGGACUGCCAACUUCACCUUGAAUUCCGUGCCACCGAUCUAUGUUCUGCCAAGCCAUCUGCUAUCAGAGGACCUCCAUGAAACAGAAGACCUGAUUUUCAGACUGGGCGGCUCUCUAACAUACGACCCAAAGGAGGCAAGAGUAUUCCUCGGCAAGGUAGGCCAGAAGAAACGUGCGGCUUUUGACCUAAGGGCGAAGGGAGUAUGGACUGAAGAAUCAGCACUACCAGAGGUCGAAGUUGAACAAGGGAGCAACGGCGAGGCUGAAGAAGAAGAAGGACCCCCCAAGAAGAGAGUCAAAACUGGAUGGAUUGAAGGAGACGUGAAAGCCGAGACAAGACAAGGACGAAAGAGUUCGACUUCCACUUCCAGCACGGCUUCCUCAGAUCGGUCGACGAAUUCUCCUCCGCCGCGAGUUUCCUGGCCAGAUCUUUCCAACCAUAUCGUCGUGCUCAAACUCGCAUGGCUGGAAUCAUGCAUCGCCCAGGACCGUCUAGUACCCUACAAGCCAUACAUAGUCUACUCAGCCAAACUCAUCUCCAAACCAGCCGGGGAAUCUUCACCAAACGCACUGCCCAGCAAGACACCACACGUCAAGACCAAUCCGGAACCGUCUUCCGCAUCCUUGUCGCGCCGAAAGUCCAACACGGCAACCUCAAUACUUGAACGCGCCAAAGCCGAAGCUGCCACCCUCCCAUCCUCAACGGCCUCGCAUCCAACGCGCCGCCGCCAUGGCGAGCACGCUGGACAACAUCCCUCACAGCCAAAACACCCACCCAAACUCCACCGCACCACAACCUCCGAGUUCGAGGACUUAGCCAACAACCCGCUUCCUCCUCUUCCGGACUGGGCCAUGGGCCCUUACGCACAUUACUCCUGCUGCCGGAGCACGCCCAUGCACCCACCCAAUGCCGCGUUCAUCGCACAGCUGUCCAAGAUCAAAGAAGCGCGCCUCCUCACGCUUGACGACAUCGGAGUGCGCGCGUACUCGACAUCUAUCGCCAGCUUAUCCGCAUAUGAGCACCACAUCCGACACCCCGAAGAGAUCACUCGACUGCCCGGGUGCGAAGCCAAGAUCGCCAUGCUCUGGAGCGAAUGGUACCACUCCGCCGACACUGAUGGCGAGCGCUAUAUCCAGACAGUGCGCGACCUCGACAGUGACCCCGACCUGCAAUAUCUCCGCCUGUUCUGGAAUAUAUGGGGCGUGGGCCCCGAGACCGCACGGAAAUUCUACUUCGAGCGCGGGUGGAAAGAUCUCGACGAUGUCGUGGAAUUCGGAUGGAGCACGUUAUCCCGCGUGCAGCAAAUCGGCGUCAAGUUUUACGACCAAUUCGUGGCGAAAAUACCCCGUGCUGAAGUCAAAUCUAUCUCCGAUGUGAUUCUACGUCAUGCCCGACUCGUGCUGGGCGUCAAACCCUCGCAACAUAAUACGUCUGAGGAUGUUGAAUGUAUCAUUGUCGGUGGAUACCGGCGCGGUAAGCUCGAGUGUGGCGAUGUCGACGUCGUCUUGUCCCACAGGGACGAGAACAAGACCAAAGAUCUUGUCGUCGACGUCGUGCGUAGUCUCGAAAGGGAGGGCUGGAUAACGCACACACUCACGCUGAACACGACGACGAGUGAUCGCGGGCAGGCGACGUUGCCCUACCAUGGCAGCCACAGGGGCCAUGGCUUCGACAGUCUCGACAAGGCACUCUGUGUGUGGCAGGAUCCGCAUUUCGACGCACCCGAAGGCGAGAACGUGAAGAACCCGAAUAUCCAUAGGCGGGUGGAUAUCAUCAUUUCGUCCUGGCGCACGGUCGGAUGCGCGGUGCUCGGAUGGAGUGGUGGGACGACGUUCCAGAGAGACAUCAGACAGUUCGUGGCGAAGACUAGGGGAUUGAAGUUUGACAGCUCGGGUGUGAGAGAUCGAUCUAAUGGAUUGGUCCUGGAUUUCGAAGCGGGCAGGCCGAAGACUAAAGAGGCCUUGGAGGCAAUAUUGAAGGGCAAGCCACCUGUUGCGAAGCCGGGAGACGAGUGGGACGAUAAGGAUACAUGGCAGGACCGGGAGAGGAGGUUGAUGGACGGUUUGGGAUUUGGAUAUCGGCCGCCUGAGGAACGAUGUACUGGGUGAGUUUGGUUGGAUUGAUUGGCUAUCAUAACCCUCGACAGAUUAUGGAGUAUCACUGAUUAUAAUGCUGGGGCUACUCAUGCCAUUGCAGCCGAGAUUUGGAAAGAACGGCGGGGCUUUGGCCUGGCCAAAACAAGGGGCGAAGCUUCCCGGCAUAUUGGGAGUUAUUUUGUUCUUUUUUUUUGCAGCAGUGGUGCUGACUUGGAUAUGGAACGAUCGUGGCUGGAUCGAUGAACAUGUCAACCUGGAAAUCAUGGGCCGGUGGCUAUCUGGGACGGUCUUUGUUCAUCUCGCAACAGCAGACUGUUUGGGUGAUGCUUCCAUGCUUUCUGCUGCAUACCUUAGCAUAGUGAACAUUGGCAAUAUUCAG